AUGGCAAGGUGGUUUGGAGACUGCUCUCGCAUUCCUCAAGAGCCUCCCUCGAUCCCAGGCUCCAGCCCCCAGAGAAAUUCCUGCGAGGACAGGAGUGGCAUUAUGGAUUCAGGGGCCGAUCGCCAAAGUGAUUCUUCCCCAAGAACAUCAAGACGCUGGUUUAUUCCUAGAAGACCAUAUGAUGGACAAGUCAGGCCUGCCGUCUAUCCAUCAUCCUGUCAGGAGAACAAUGAAGCCAUGGAACUUACUGGUGUCAAAAUUGGCCCUAGAAUAAGAUACACCCCUUAUGGCAUUGCAAGGUUCCGUCGGAGAGACAGUACUCAUAAAGGGGACCCAACCCAAGGUAAUGUAGAGAGAGAGACCAAAUCUUCUGAGGAAGGAAUGAAGGGGAACAGACUGGAUGGAACCAACAGGAAAUCCCUCAGAGUCAGAGUUCCAUUACGUGUACCAUAUGAUGAGAAAGUUCUGUUGGAUCUGAGCCAGGGAGAACGUAAAGGCCCCUUCACCGCGGGCAAGGUAGCUAUCCCUGAAAUCCCCUUGAGAGGUCCCAGUGCUGCGCCGAAGGAGGUGAUCUCAAAAUAUAUUGAACCGAUGAAGGUGAGCAAGAUGAAACAAGAUGUUCACCAGGAACGAGAUGAUAUCCAAGUUUGUGAACUCCUGAGAUGCCACUCAGACCCAGGUGUGAUGGCCAAUGACCCCCAAUUGGGGCCAAAUCUUAAAAGUGAGCUGGGUGACUCCCUGCCGAUCAGCGAUGGGGAAAUGCCCACGGUUUUGUCCUUCAACUCAGUUGGCCGCCCCAGCACCAUACAGGAGGCCCCUGAAUUCAACAGCCUGGAUCUCUCAAAAAAACAGUUACGGGCACAGGGUGAAGGGAUGUUGGACAAGGUGAACGAGCCGGCGCCAGGAGAGAUGUGUGCAGAGAGAAAGCCUCUGGGCACCACCUUCCCAGAUGAGCCCACCAACGUAAGGUCAGUUGUACCCUCUGUUGCCUCCAUCGGCAGGAGAUUGCAGCCCUGGUUUGCUGGGAGGACCACACGCCUUGUCCUCUCCAAACGGUCGGUCACCCGUGGGAGAGGCUGGCCUCCACUUGCUGGGUCUUUGCCACGGGGAAGGGGGUCUGGGCGCUUCCCAGGAGGAAGAAAAGUGGGAGAGGGUAUUACUGGAUCUAUGAUUGUGGUGACCGACAGGGUCUCCUGGAUGCUUACCAUGAUGAUGCCUCCUUCUCCCUGA